UUAGGUUCUCAUAUUCUACCACUCCCCUUUGUAUCAGGAAUACUCCUUCCUGUGGCCAGGGAAUAAAAUGCCGGCACCGUGGGCUAAUACAACCAAUGUGCACAAACUGUUACAGUUCCUGGAGACCACUCUUGAGGAACGAAGUCGUUAUGGGACUUUUCAUGUUUCUCAAGCAAUUCUCACGCCUCGAGUGAAAACUAUUGCACGGCAUCUAAUUCGUGGUCUGAAGAACACACUUGUUCAUAGGAACCUCCCCAUGAUUUUGAAUUGGGUGAAAGCACAGAAGCCAGGUGUUAUGGGUGUUAACAUUAUUACAUCAGACUUCGUGGAGCUGGUUGACUUUGCUGCUACAGUUAUUGCAUUAAACGAUCUCCUUCUAGAAGAAGAUGAAUCUGCGAGUAAAUCCUGAUUGCUGUAUCCCACUAGUGCUCCUCAGUGGACCUUUUCGACCUACGCUGACUAUUUUAUUUAUUAAGUGAAACCUAUUGUAAUAUCUAGUUAUUUAAAAAAAAAAAAAUUCUAGAGAAAA